UACUUAAAUAUAUAUUUCACAAUUUCCGCUUUCAUUUCGAAAUCAAAACAACCUUUUCGAAAGGUCGUCGUUAUUUAGCCAAUAGAAAAUACUUUCGCUUUCAAAGAUUACGUAUUCUUACUUGAAUAUUUUUAUAGGCAAAUACAUCCUGAUAAUUAGAAAGUUACAAGCUAACUGUAUACAAGAUGGCUUACCAAUCGAAUAGUAACGAUUUAAAUAAGAAAAUUGCAAGUCUUCUGUACACAGGAGAUUUGUCCGAUGUCACAAUAAUUGUAGGAAAGAAAAAAACACCGUUUCAGUCUCACAAGCUUUUUUUGUCCCUGCACAGCGAAAAAUUCAAAAACAUGUUAAUGACGGCCACGACGCCAAAAGAAAUUCAUUUAAUUAAUAUAAAUGCCAAGACUUUUCGUAUAUUUUUCAACUACGUGUAUACCGGAGAUUUGGCAAUAAAUUCUCCAGAACAAGCUCUUUCAGUUUUAAUGUUUGCACACGAAUAUGGAGCGAUCGAAGUGAAGAAUAAAUGUAUGAAAAUUUUAGCAAAGUCUGUUCCUCCGGAUAUUAUUGCUGAAUUGCAUGAAACUUCACAAUCGUUGACACAAGAAUCAUGUCAGGAAUCUUCAGUUAAUCAAUGUGAAUCUUCAAAUACUUCCAGCAGAGAUGGUGAUACAUUUGAGGAAUAUUCUGAAAAUCCUUCCAGUGAUAACUUUAAGGCAUGUUCUGAAAGUUCUAAACAAGUAGAGAAAACAUCCACUGAAUUUCUGACACAAUCCCUUCCUACGAAAUUAAAUGUGGAUCAUUCAAAUUGUUAUAUUAUUAGAACGGCUGGACAAAUGAAGACCUUGGAAGAAAAUUUAACUCAUUCCUUCGAUUUCAGCGGAGAUUAUUCGUAUUCUCAGCCAAUUGAAAAGAAUACAUUUCAGAAAACUCCAAUGAAGAAUCGACGUCCUAAAUAUUAUUUUGAUGCCUCGAAAUUUCUUGAGGAAAAUUGCUGCGAAAGCAAAAGUAAAGAAAACGUUUUGGAUUUCUUUUCAGAAACAAAUUUCAACUCAGAAGCAGACUUAAAUGCAGCACUGAAGAAAUGGGGACUUUCAGUGUUGCAAUUGCACAAACCUACAAAAUUACUUCAGAAAAUUAAAGAAAUGCUCCUCCAAAGCGAAAUGAAUAAACUAACAAGAUUAGAUGAAAUGGUAGAUUUUAAUGCAGAACAAAAUAUAAAACAGUCUUUCUUAAAAUUGUCUUCGAAGUGUUCAAAAACUUGGAUUUCUUCCCUGAAAUUUCCACGUAUUAUAGAACGUUUUUAUUCGAGUGAAUUCGAUCUUUACGUAUGUGGAGUUACACUCAAUUUAAAAUAUUAUUCUCUCGAUUACAAAAGGGAAAAUUUGAUAGCUAAAUUAGAAAUUAGUAAUUUAACUAAAAGUAUUAAUGCCAAUAACACUAUAUCAUUAUGUUUAGACGAGAGUGAUAGAGCACUAUCGUUGAAAUUGUUAUCUCCUAUUUUCAUAGGUAAAGAUGAAGUUUGUGAGAUUGUUCUGAGUAGCGAAUCGAAACUUACAAAAGCAGAAUAUGUCUAUUGCGGAGAAAUGUGCUGUCUAGAUCAUAGAUUGAAUCGAUUGAAAGUCGAAACUGAACGUGCUGGGCAUUUUAACUCCAUUAUAGUCUUUCCCGCAUAGUGUUUAGUAAUUAGGAGAGACUAGCCUAUAAUAACAUACUCGAUUAAAAUGAUACAGGGAAUGUCACGAAUUUGGCAUAUCUGUUUGUCAAAACUAAAAACACAUUUUCAUCCAUAUAUGACAAUAAUAAAGGCAAUUGUAAACUCGCUUUGUCUGAAGUAAAUGUUAAAUCAUCCCAUGUAAAAACAUGGGAUGGUUUUAUGCUUAAAUCAAAAAUUAAAAUCGAACCACUUCUAAGAAAUGUAUAUAUUAGCGUAUGUAUGGUAUUUCUUCUUAAGUGGAAGGGGUGGGAAUUGUGUAAGAUAGAUAA